GCUGUUAGGAUCCUAAUCCUCUGCGAGGACUUGCUGCCAGUGUGUACAGUAGUCAACUGCGUGCUUUGGUGCUCACCUUUCGGGCGCUAUCAGAGGUCUCAGCAGCAGAACAAAAGUUGUGGAUGAUACUUUUUAACCUUCUAGAAACUCAGCUAACUCAUUUAGUUCUCAAGAAAUGAUCAAGAAAACAUCAAUAUAUAGCCAUCCAUUAUUUCAUCGCUUAAUGGAUCAAGAAGCUCAAAAAGAGAACAGAGAAGAUGAUGAUGACAAGGAAGUGGUUGCACAGAUCAUGGCAAGAUGUUUUGUUCCAACUUUAAUAACAACCGCCUCCUGGGAGGGAUUUCAUUUUGUGGGUCAAGAGAUUCGGAUUACUGAAGCCACGGAUUGUUAUGGUGCCGUUGUUUGGCCAUCGGCCCUUGUUCUAUGCUAUUUUCUGGAAACAAAUGUAAAGCAGUAUAAUAUGGUUGACAAAAAUGUGAUUGAAAUUGGAGCUGGAACAGGGCUGGUCUCUAUCGUGGCAAGUUUACUUGGUGCACAUGUGACUGCCACAGAUUUACCUGAAUUACUUGGAAACCUGCAAUAUAAUAUUUCCCGAAACACCAAAAUGAAAUGUAGGCAUUUGCCUCAAGUUAAAGAACUCUCCUGGGGUGUAGCUUUAGACAAGAACUUCCCCAGGUCUUCCAACAAUUUCGACUAUAUCCUGGCAGCCGAUGUUGUCUAUGCUCAUCCUUUCCUGGAGGAACUCCUCAUUACCUUUGACCAUCUGUGCAAAGAAACUACCGUCAUCUUCUGGGUCAUGAAAUUCAGGUUGGAGAAAGAAAAUAAAUUUGUAGAUAGAUUUAAGGAGUUGUUUGACCUGGAGGAGAUUUCUAGUUUCCCUAGUCUGAAUAUUAAGUUGUAUAAAGCUAUGAAGAAAAAUCAGAGGAGUGCAGGAUAUCCUCAAAGGGAGGCUUGGAAAACUAAGGCAGUUUCUAGUAGAUUAUCCCUUUAAGGAAGACUCUGGAUAAUCUGACAUAGCACUGACUUUCCACAGGGAAAACACACACACACACACACACACACACACA